AAAGAGAGAUACCGACCAGUCCCUCCUGCCAUGUACCAGCAAGUGAAGAAGAUGGUUCAGGAUAUGAAGACAGCUAAUGUCAUCCAGGAUAGUCACAGCCCCUGGGCUGCCCCCUUAGUCCUGGUAAAGAAGAAGGAUGGAACCAUCCGUUUUUGUGUGGACUACCGUAAGAUCAACAACAUUACGCACAAGGAUGCGUACCCCCUGCCACGAAUUGAAGAAUCCCUGGCAGCUCUGGGAUCCGCUGCCUACUUCUCAACUCUGGAUCUAACCAGUGGCUAUUGGCAAGUUCCCAUGGCACCAGAAGAUAAAGAAAAAACUACUUUUGCCACCCCAAUGGGUCUGUUUGAGUUCAACAACAUGCCAUUCGGGCUAUGCAACGCCCCUGGGACAUUCCAGAGACUCAUGGAAAGGUGUCUUGGACACAAAAACUUUGAGACUGUGUUGUUGUACCUGGAUGAUGUGAUCAUCUACUCUAAGACCUAUGAGGAACAUUUACAGCACCUGGCGGAAGUGUUCCAGACUUUGACUCAGCAUGGACUGAAAGUGAAGCCUUCAAAGUGUCACUUACUGAAGCCCCAAGUGAAAUAUCUGGGACAUGUUGUGAGUGCAGAAGGCGUGAGACCGGACCCUGACAAAAUAGCAGCAGUACAAAGCUGGCCGGCUCCCAAAACAGUCAAAGAGGUCAAGAGCUUCCUCGGAUUUGCAAGUUACUAUCGUAGAUUUAUCCCACACUUUGCUCAGAUUGCGGAACCUAUCCAGGAGCUUGUGAAAGGGCACCCUAAAGGAUGUCAGAAUUCCAAAAUACCAGUGGAGUGGAAUGAAGAGAGAGAAGCUGCUUUCCAACUGUUGAAAGAAAAACUUACAGAACCUCCAGUCCUGGGUUAUCCUGAUUACAGACUACCAUUUUGCCUAUAUACCGAUGCAAGUAAGAAAGGUUUGGGAGCUGUACUAUCUCAGACGCAAGCUGGAACUAAAAGAGUCAUCGCCUAUGCAAGCAGAUCUUUACGAGAGCCAGAGCGGAAUGACCAUAACUACAGUUCGUUCAAACUGGAGUUCCUAGCCUUGGUCUGGGCUGUCACAGAGAAAUUCAAGGACUACCUAGCUGCUACACCUUUCACAGUCUACACCGACAAUAAUCCGCUAGCUCAAUUGAACACUGCACGUCUGGGAGCUCUAGAACAAAGAUGGGCCUCUAGACUGGCCAACUUCAACUUUACCAUUAAGUACCAUACUGGGAAAUCUAAUGACAAUGCCGAUGCUUUGUCUAGGCUACCUGCCCAGAAAGACCAAUUUCUACUGAUGAUCAGUGGGAAGAUGUGGAGAUGCCAAUAUUCUACUCCCGAUUUGCCCGACAGGAGGCCCUACACACUAGGCGCCCGACCUCUAAAGUCACUUGUUUUCCACAGACCUGUGACCCCUCACCUCCAGUCGAGAAAGAACUCUGGAUUAAACUACAAUCAGAGAGCAGAGCCAUUGGAGAACUGUUGGAUUAUUUUUUACAGCGGGCGCAUACCGGAGAGAAUCCGACGGCGGAGAGCUGACUCAGAACUAGUUCGCCUCUGGCGACAACGGAAACUACUCUUCCUACAAAGAGACCUACUCCUCAGGAGAACGCUUGAUCCAGUCACCUGUGAGCGCCUCCACCAGAUAGUGGUGCCUCGAAGAGAUGCCAAGCUGGUGAUGGACAUGUACCAUAACCGGUCCGGUCACUUUGGAAUCCAAAAAACGGAAGCCACCAUCAGACGACGUUUCUACUGGAUUGGCAUGAGAAGUGACAUUGAAACCUGGUGUCGACAGUGUCCCACCUGUGCAGUGGCGAAAAGGGAAAGACAUGAUCAGCGAGCCCCCCUUCAUCCAAUAGUGAGUAAAGGUCCUCUGGAAAUCGUGGCAAUCGACCACGUGAAACUGGAACCCAGCAGAUCUGGACAUGGCCGUCUACCUGCAAAUCUUGCCCUUGACGUCCCUGUGCCGGACGCUGAACCACUCCUUCCCCAAUCUGAGUGUGUCAAAGAGCAUCAGAAACGCCUGGAGGAUGCUAAAGAAAUAGUGGACUCUAAAAUAGAGAAGGCGCAACAAAAACAAAAACAGGACUUUGAUAUGCAUGCCCAUGCUGAGCCCUUACAACCUGGAGACCAGGAACCUGUUCAAGAGCAGCCAAGAGAAGAGGAUACAUCACCCGAGCUGCCAUUGUCUUCAGAAAGUAAGACUCAAACAGAGUUGCUUCCCAUGUUUGACCCCCUUCAGUGGUUAUUCCAGCCUCAGAUUCGAGUCCUGAUGCCAGUUGCUGAGACUACUCCAAGUCAGACAGCUGAUCCUCCUGCACACGUCCAAGACUCUACUUCUACCCCUGGAGACUCGGAACUGCCCUUGCGGAGAUCCCAACGGAUAAAUAAAGUUCGUCCCGAGAGAAGGGAAGAACUUGACUUGUACUUGUUCAGAAUAACGGAGUUUGGGUACAAGUAUGGUGGUAGUUCCUUCUACGACUACCAUUGUUCUUUCUCGGCCAAGGCAGCUGCCACCUUAAGGCAGUUCCAGUUUCUUACUAACUGGGCCAACAUUGAUACGCAGAUUUUUUGUGUAACUUUUAGACCAGAAAGUAAGAAUGUUAAGGCUGAUGCCUUGUCUCGAAGUUUUUGUGCCUUCCAACCUCCUGACACGCCUCCUGAACCCAUCUUACCGGCUAACAUUAUCAUAGCAUCGGUGUCUGCUGACCUCUCUUCGGAGAUUAAAUUUGCACAACAUCUCGCUCCUGCACGAACACCCACAGAUAAGUUAUUUGUUCUGGGCCAUUCCCGUCUCCGACUUCUGGAACUGUGCACAGUCUGGGCCCAGGUUCAGUCGAACCUGGAGAAAGCCCAGGAGGUUCAGAAAAAGCAAGCUAUCAGGAAACGCACUAAGGAAGCUAAUUUUGAGGUCGGUGAGAAGGAAUCUCCAUCUCCGGUGGAGGUUAUUAACGGUCAAGAUGAGUUUGUUGUUUCUAGGAUCAUUGAAGUUAGGGUUUCCGAAACUCACUGCAAUACUUGGUUCAUUGGAAGGGUUUUGGACCUGAAGAAAGGUCCUGGGGAAGCCGUCUCCACUGUCCUGAGGCCCAUCGUGAAGGGGGGGGUACUGUCACAGGGCGCCGGCGACACAAUCUUCCUGCGCUUCGCCGCCGGCAUUCUGCCUCUCUCCCUGAACAGCGACGCAUGCUGCGUCCCCGUCUCCCAGGGGCACGUUGUCAGUGCCGAAGGAGUGCAGCCUGAUCCUGAUAAACUUGCUGCUGUCCGCAACUGGCUUACUCCUACGACCGUGAAAGAGGUGAGAAGCUUUCUCAGUUUUGCAGGGUAUUACAGGCGUUUCAUCCCGCACUUCGCACAAAUUGCGGAUCCCAUCCAGGAACUCCUGAGGGGGCAUCCCAAGAAGAGCCCAAAAACUCCUAUUCCUGUUGAAUGGAACGAAGAACGGGAAAUUGCCUUUCAACUCCUAAAGAAGAAGUUGACUGAACCCCCUGUUCUGGGUUACCCAGAUUAUCAGAAGCCAUUCCACCUCUACACAGAUGCCAGUAAAAGAGCUGGGGCCGUGUUGGCUCAAGUGCAAGAUAACAAAGAAAGGGUGAUUGCCUACGCCAGCAGAUCCCUGAAGGGACCUGAAAAGAACGACCAGAACUACAGUUCUUUCAAGCAGGAAUUUCUUGCCUUAGUGUGGGCUGUGACCGAAAAGUUUAAAGACUAUCUCGCUGCCACGCCAUUUGUUGCCUUCACGGACAAUAAUCCCCUGGCGCAUCUGAAUACAGCC